AUGCGACAGGAGCUCAGCCGCACCCUAUUUGUUGUGAACACAGCAACACACCGAGGUCGAUGCGAUCGGAAAGACAAGAUUAAAUCAGCAAGGAUACUGGAGGAUUUUCGGCAGAAUACACAAGAACAAACGUCUUAUAUGGUUACACAGCACGAGAUGAUUGUGUCCAAUUUAAGCGAGAAAAUCGACCGGCUAGAAGAGCAGUUGACAAGGCUUAAUGAAGUGGUUCAGCAAAAAGAUGAGACAUUGGAAAAAUUAAAAAAUGAGUAUUCGGAAACAUUAUCCGACAGAGACACAACCAUUGAUCGAUUGCGCAAACAGCUGAGCACCGAGGGAGCACAGUAUCAGGAUACGAUGAUUCAAGCAUUCAACCGUAUAACCAAUACCUUAGGAGAUGACUACCUGAAGUUUCACGAAAACUUCCAUCAAUGGUCCGAAGACACGAUGAAAAAUAUUGAGCUCGAAUUCUUAAACCCACCGUUUCUCGAUGAAGAAUCUACCGUGUACUAUUAG